UCUUUGAUUGUGUCUGCAUCAAUCAUGGAAAUUUCAUACUACAUCCUCAUCUUCACUUUCCUUUACUUGCUAAAGAACCAUUUCCUUAGAAAAUUCCAUAAUCUCCCACCAAGUCCAUUUAUUUCUUUACCCAUAAUAGGCCAUCUAUAUCUCUUCAAGAAACCACUGAUUAAAACAUUGGCUAAGAUCUCAGAAAAACAUGGUCCUUUGCUUUUCCUCCGAUUUGGAUCGCGCCAUGUCCUCCUUGUCUCUUCCCCUUCUCUUGCAGAGGAAUGUUUCACCAAAAACGACGUCGUCUUUGCUAACCGUCCAAGGUUGCUUGCUGGAAAACAUCUUGGUUACAAUUAUACCAGCCUUGUUUGGGCCUCCUAUGGCCAACAUUGGCGCAACCUAAGACGGAUUGCUACUCAUGAAAUCUUGUCCACUCAGAGAAUUCAAAUGUUCGCUGACAUCUAUAGAGUUGAGGUUCGAUCGCUGCUUCAACGACUCGUUAGGGGUAAAACCAAUGACGGAGCUUCUUACACAGUGGAUAUGAAAGCGGCUUUCUUUGAGAUGACACUGAACAUUCUGAUGAUGAUGAUUGCUGGGAAACGAUACUAUGGUGGUUCUGCUGUGGAGGAAUCUAGGAGCUUUAAAGAGAUUGUUGCAGAAACUUUCCAAUUGAGUGGUGCAACAAAUAUAGGAGAUUUUGUGCCACUUCUUAACUGGAUAGGAGCAAACAAACUUGAAGAUAAGCUGAAGCUAUUGCAGGAGAAGAGGGACAACUUCAUGCAAGAUUUGAUUGAAGAGCACAAGAACAACAGAAAGGGAUCUUCUUGUGAGCAAAAGAAGAACACCAUGAUUGAUGUUCUUCUAUCACUCCAAGAUUCAGAACCUGAUUAUUACACAGAUGAAGUGAUAAGGGGCAUGGGACAAGUCAUGUUAUCAGCAGGGACAGAUACUACAGCUAGCACAAUGGAGUGGGCAUUAUCACUUCUUCUGAACAAUCCUGAGGCACUAAAGAAAGCUCAAAACGAAAUAGACACUCACAUAGGACAGUCACCAAGAUUACUUGAUGACUCAGACCUUGCUCAACUCCCUUAUCUCCAUGGGAUCAUAAACGAAACUCUCCGAAUGUACCCAGUUGUCCCGAUUCUUGUGCCACAUGAGUCCUCGGAUGAGUGUGUCGUUGGAGGUUUUCGUGUCCCCCGUGGGACAAUGUUGCUGGUGAAUAUGUGGGCAAUACAGAAUGAUACUAAGACAUGGGAAGGGCCAAAUGAGUUUAAGCCUGAGAGGUUUAUCGAUAUCAAAGGGCAACGAGAUGGGUUCAGGCUAAUGCCAUUUGGAUAUGGCAGGAGAGGAUGUCCAGGUGAGAAUUUGGCAAUGCAUGUAGCUAGUUUGGCAUUGGGAUCACUUGUUCAGUGCUUUGAAUGGGAGAGAAUAAGUGAAGAGCUGGUUGACAUGACUGGAGGACCUGGACUCACUAUGCCUAAGGCUAUACCAUUGCUAGCAAGAUGUAGGCCACGCCAAGAUAUUGUUAACCUUCUUGCUCAGUUGUAAUCAAGUUUCUUCCCUGAGCUUUCUUUUCAAACAAAACUAAUAAACACAGAAAAACAACA